ACGUGGUUGCCGAGGCAACUGGGCGGUGCCAGCGCGAGCAGGAAGGGGGCGUACGUCGAGUUUUUGUCUGCUAGUCUGCGAGACUUCAGGAGUGGCCAUCCCUAAACUUCCAGCCCCUGAGACCUCGGCUUCUGCUCCAGACCGUGCCUCUGCCCCUGGGGGCCAUGGGCCGGAUCUCAGGGCUCGUGCCCUCUCGGUUCCUGACGCUCCUGGCGCAUCUGGUGGUCGUCAUCACCUUAUUCUGGUCCCGGGACAGCAACAUCCAGGCCUGCCUGCCUCUCACGUUCACUCCCGAGGAGUACGAGAAGCAGGACAUUCAGCUGGUGGCAGCGCUCUCUGUCACCCUGGGCCUCUUUGCAGUGGAGCUGGCCGGCUUCUUCUCAGGAGUUUCCAUGUUCAACAGCACCCAGAGCCUCAUCUCCAUGGGGGCUCACUGUAGUGCGUCUGUGGCCCUAUCCUUUUUCAUAUUCGAGCGUUGGGAGUGCACCACGUACUGGUACAUUUUUGUCUUCUGCAGCGCCCUCCCAGCUGUCACUGAAAUGGCAUUAUUCGUCAGCGUCUUUGGGCUGAAAAAGAAACCUUUCUGAUCACCUUCAUGAUGGGAACGUAGAGAUGAAGGCUGGAGGAGCAAGGGACCACUCACCGUUCCUGGAAGAAGGCAGGCGUAGGCUUCAGCGCUCCCACUGAAACUGCAUUUGGUGGAAGAUGUCAGUGUUAGUAGUGUUAAGGUAAUUAUCUCUCGCGUCUAGGCUUAUCAAAGUUUAAUUUAGCUCUUUGUAAUAAAAUAUAUUUUAGAGUAAGAUCAAGACUUAUAAAAAUUUCAAAGGAGAAUCGGGAUGGCCAAACAACUGGAGAAACGGAAGGCUGUUUUCCAGCUUUGGAGACUGCAAGAUAAUAGGUAUCGCUUUUAUUUUGGUUAUUACGGUAGCUGUCUGGCGAAGGGGGUGGGCGGAGAUAUGUAAAUAAAGUGGCGCGUACGACUAGGACUCCAAGCUCGUGAGUGAAUGGAGCAUUCUGGGAGGAAUUAAUUUAUCCCUUUUGGCAGCCAAAUGGAAAAAAAAUUUAUUUUAAAAGAUCUGCAAAUAAAUGUUCCAACAGAAGUGGGGGAGCUUAAAUAAACAGGUUGCUCAGGCUAACGCAUUAUAUAGUCACCGUAGUUGUUAGCGGAAUCUUUUCCCCUGAGUACGGAAUGCCCUAGCAAAAAUUGGUUAUCGUCAGGUAGGAUAAUCCUUACCUGUUCCCCCUUUUUGGGGGGCAGAUUGGAACAUGAUGAUUGGAGUGCGCAUGACUCGUGAUUAGCGUCUCUGCGUGAUCAGGAUUUGCAACACCCUGAUUACUCCUAUCUGAUUCUUCCUGA